AUGAAAUACAAAGCGCUCGGCUUUACAAAGACAGAGACAAAACAGCCUGACCGAUGCGAAUUCUUCAUGCUUUCGCAGGACGAAUUGACUGGCUUAGCGCCUGCACCUCAAUAUCCGCAGCCUGUCGCAACCGGAUUGACAGCCUUUGGCUCAUAUCUUGCACACGCACGACCAAUCGUCGAAUUGAUUUGCCGCGUGCUUGCCAUGAAUUUGGACCUGCCACCCUCCACAUUCAUGGAGAAGCAAAGCCCAACCUCCAAGUCUGGAACGCUAAUUCGCCUCAUAAAAUACCCGGCUUCUGCAAGUGAAGUCGAUCGACGGACAUCCUUGGUGAAUCAUACAGACAUGGGUACGAUCACGCUUCUGGCAGGCGUCCUUGGAGGACUUCAAAUACUUCGACCUCCGACCGAAAGCGGUGGAGAUGAGGUCUGGGAGCAUGUCAAGUCCGAGCCCAACUGUUUGAUUGUCAAUAUGGGAGAUGCGUUGGUGCAGUGGACUGGCGGCGUAUUGCGAUCCAAUGUUCAUCGCGUCACGUACCCUCCUGGGGAACAAGCAGCGUAUGACAGAUACAGCGUCGCAUAUCUGAUCCGUGCAUCAAGCGAUUGUAAGAUGGAGCGGCUUCAGGGGGGCCGCAUUCCCGAUAAAGAAGUAGACGGGAACUACGAGGAUGAUGACAUACUUGCGGAUGAUUGGGAGCGAAAGAAGAACAUGGCACUGAUUUCGGGAAAGGACUGUGUGAAGAGCACAGGUGGAAACCCCAUGAGAGGGGAGUGA